ACGCUGUAAUCACGCCAUUGUCUCUUCAUCCGUUUUUGUCAGUGGGUCUGGACUUCGCGGGACCGUUCACGAUCGUAAAUCGUAAGGGCCGUGGAAGUCGUUUAAUAAAAUGCUACAUGUGUUUGUUCGUAUGUCUGCGUUAUAAAUGCAUCCACCUCGAAGCUGUGAGUGAUUUAACAAAGGAUGCAUUCAUAAUGACACUUCGGCGUUUCGUAGCGCGCAGAGGCAGGCCAACGGAAAUAUUUUGUGAUAACGGAACUAACUUAGUAGCAGCCGCAAGGGAGUUAGGAUCAUUUAUCAAGCAAAAUCAAAACUCUCUAUUUGAUUUUGCAAGUCAAAAUUCUAUCCAGUUUAAGUUUAUUCCGGCUUACUCGCCUCAUUUUGGUGGUAUUUGGGAAGCCGGCGUUAAGUCGGCUAAAUUCCACUUAAAACGCGUCGUUGGCAAUAGCCACCUUACUUUUGAGGAACUUAAUACUUUGUUUACACAAGUGGAGGCGAUUUUGAACAGCCGUCCCUUGUGUCCCCUAUCAUCCUCUCCUAAUGACCUCCUUUCCCUUUCCCCAGGACAUUUCUUGAUCGGGAGACCGUUAACUGCUCCACCGUCGCAACAUCUGGGUGACUCUAAGGAAAGUACACUCCAACGCUAUGAACGCUUAGAAAAAAUGCAGCAACACUUCUGGCAAAGAUGGCAGCGUGAAUAUCUGUCUGAGAUGCAGCAGAGAACAAAAUGGAAAAGCAGUACAUCAAAGCUGGACAUAGGAGAUAUGGUACUCUUGGCAGAUGACAAUGCUCCUCCACUAUCUUGGAAGCUCGGGAGAGUACUACGCCUCAUCACGGGAUCCGAUGGAACAGCGAGAGUGGCAGACAUCACCACUAAUAAAGGCUGUGUGCGCCGAUCUCUAGUAAGGCUGUGCAAGCUGCCGACAGCCGAGGAACUUCAAGGUUGAAAGUGAUCUUUCAACGGCCGGGAGGAUGUUCAGACUGACGCCUGCUCAAAAUUGCGUCGGGGCACAGUCGCGCAAAAAUUGCCGACGCCCGCAUCAGGCGCUUGGGCAUUUUUUAAUACAAAUCGGUCGCGGGUGUGCCACUUGUGCCGAGAUCACCGUAACGUUCACAUGUAUUUUUUUAAUUAUACUAUUUUAAAGUAUCCGGUUGUUUAACUUAAGGCACCAUCUAUUUACUAAAGAU